GCCCCGCCAUGCCCCAGGCCUCGGAGCACCGCCUGGGCCGCGCCAGGGACCCCGGAGCCGUGGUGACCGCGCAGCCCCGGCCGGGCGCCCGCCUGCCCAGCGGCCACCGAGCGCUGAGCCAGGAGCGCCAUGCGGCCCCCAACGGGCUCUCCCCGGCCCCCAAACUCCGCCUGCUGCCCCCCCGGCCCCCUCCGCCGCACGAAGACCCCCGCCCCAAGAAGCUGGAGCUGGAACGGGGCCGGGCGGCCAAACGGGGGGACCCCGCUCCCCGCGGGCCGGGGGGUCGCCGGGGCCCGGUGAAAGCCGAUCACGGCGUGCGGGUGCCCGGGGGUGCCCCGCAGGUGCCCGGCAGUGCCUCCUUCUCGCUGCCCAGCGCGGCCGAGCGGCGCAGGAGCAACUUGGCCCGCUCCAAAUCCAUCAGCAUCGGGGACCUGAGCCAGGGAGGUGGCGGAGGUGGUGGCGGUGUCCCCAGCCGAGCCGAGGACGUGGCGGUGGCGCUGAGCCGGCUGGUGCUCAGGGACUGCGGGCACCCGCUGGGCGCGGGCGCUCUGGCGCUCCGGAGGAGCUCCUCGCUCCGCAGGGUCACCGUGGCACCCGGGCCCGACGGCAAGGCCACCCCUCCGCUGCUCUCCGUGCGCCCCGAGGGCGGGCCCCGCUCCCGCACCGAGCCCCCGUACGGCCACGGCCCCGGCAGCCCCGCGCCCGGCCGGACCGAGGACAAGGCGGCCGCCACGCACCACACGCUGCUGCUGGGCUCGGGACACGUCGGCCUCAGGAAUUUGGGCAACACGUGCUUCAUGAACGCGGUGCUGCAGUGCCUGAGCAGCACCAAACCCCUGCGGGACUACUGCCUGCGCCGGGACUUCCAGCAGGAGCAGCCCCCCGGCCCCCGCGCCCCCCAGGAGCUCACCGAAGCCUUCGCCGAUGUCAUCGCCGCCCUCUGGCACCCCGACUCCUCCGAGGCCGUCAACCCCGGGCGCUUCAAGGCUGUGUUCCAAAAAUAUGUCCCCUCCUUCACAGGCUACAGCCAGCAGGACGCGCAGGAAUUCCUCAAAUUCUUCAUGGACCGGCUGCACGUGGAGAUCAACAGGAAGGGCCGGCGCACCCCCAGCAUCCUGUCGGACACACGGAGACCCCCGGCCCUGGAGGACCCCGAAACGCUCAGCGACGACGAACGCGCCAACCAGAUGUGGAAACGGUACCUGGAGAGGGAGGACAGCAAGAUUGUGGAUCUCUUUGUGGGGCAGCUGAAGAGCUGCCUCAAGUGCCAGGCCUGCGGUUACCGCUCCACCACCUUCGAGGUGUUCUGCGACCUCUCGCUGCCCAUCCCAAAGAAAAGCUUUGCCGGGGGGAAGGUCUCGCUCCACGACUGCUUCAGCCUCUUCACCAAGGAGGAGGAGCUGGACUCGGAGAACGCCCCGGUGUGUGACAAGUGCCGGCAGCGGACGCGGAGCACCAAGAAGUUGACGAUCCAGCGCUUCCCACGCAUCCUGGUGCUCCACCUGAACCGGUUCUCCACCACUCGCUACUCCAUCAAGAAAUGCUCCGUCUUCGUGGACUUCCCGCUGCAGCAGCUCAACCUGCGGGAAUUCGCCAGCGAGAAGGCGGGCAGCCCUGUGUACAGCCUGUACGCGCUGUGCAACCACUCGGGCAGCGUCCACUACGGUCACUACACGGCGUUCUGCCGCGACCCGGCCGGCUGGCGCGUCUACAACGACUCCCGCGUCUCGCCCAUCAGCGAGAACCAGGUGCCGUCCAGCGAGGGCUACGUGCUGUUCUACGAGCUGGAGGAGCCCCCCGGCCGCAGACCCUGAGACCCCCCCCCUGCCCCCCGACAGCGCUCUGGGGGUUUGGGGGGUGGGGGGUGGAGGGGGUGAACCCCUCCUUCCCUUCCCUCGGGAACCCCCCGGACCCCGCGGCAAGGGGGGUGCGGGGGGUGCGGCCGCGUCCCGAGCGGCCCCGGGGGGUUUUGUGAAUAAAUUUAUUAAAAAAACCCCAAAAA